AUAAACACUGAGGAACAUGUGGAUGCAACUGAUAAAGAGGUUAAAUCAUGGGAUCGUAAAAUUCCUGAGGAUAUCCUGAAGGAAAUAACCACCGCUAAACAGGUCCCAGCGGAGAGCGUUACGGUCUGGAUUGAUCCGCUAGAUGCUACACAGGAAUAUACAGAGGAUCUUCGACAGUAUGUUACAACAAUGGUGUGUGUGGCUGUAAAUGGUAAACCUGUGCUCGGCGUUAUACAUAAGCCAUUUUCUGAAUAUACAGCUUGGGCCAUGGUAGAUGGUGGUUCGAAUGUGAAGCCCCGCUCUUCCUAUAACGAGAAGACCCCGAGGAUCAUUGUGUCUCGCUCCCAUACAGGGAUGGUCAAGCAGGUUGCUCUGCAGACCUUCGGAAACCAGACGACGAUCAUCUCGGCUGGUGGCGCUGGUUAUAAAGUUUUAGCACUCUUAGAUGUCCUUGAUAAGAGCCAAGAAAAAGCUGAUAUAUAUAUCCAUGUGACAUACAUUAAAAAGUGGGAUAUAUGUGCUGGAAAUGCCAUCUUAAAAGCCCUUGGGGGACAUAUGACCACCCUGAGUGGUGAAGAAAUCACUUACACCGGAUCAGACGGCAUUGAAGGUGGACUCCUUGCUAGUAUCAGAAUGAAUCACCAGGCUCUGGUCAGAAAACUCCCAGAUCUAGAAAAGACAGGACCUAAGUAAGCAUAACGGAUGACAGGGUGCAGCUUCCAGACCUGAGAUGCUGGCAGCUUCAGAGGAUUGCUGGAGACUGCAUGGUCAGGGCCGUCUCAGACGUUUUAAAGUAUUUAUGAAGCAUCGGAGACUUCAUUUUCCCUCUAAUAGGAUGCAAGAUCAGGGAAAAUGAGUUGCUUCAUGUCUCAAGUAUUGUCUUUAUUUUUGAGACUAUUUUCGUACAGUUGUCAUACACGAGCCGCAUAUAUAUAUUUGUGAAUUAAAAUCUAUAGCUGAGUCUACAUUGUUAUAUGAGUCACCAUUUUCACACAUGAAUCCAUUUUCACACACUAUUUGUUAAUAUUUUCAUAUAGAACUGAGUUGAAAGAAGGAUUGGUUUUGUGUAGAGGUUUAAUUUUACAGUUAUAUCUCAUCGAAAAUAAAGUAAUUGGGGACUUCCACUCCUAACUCAGAUAGAAAGCACAAGAAGCCACACAUUCAUUAAUACGCAGCAGAUGCUGUACUCACAUUACUGAAUAUUUCUGUGGAUUGAACUAGAAAAAGUUUAAAUUGAUUUUUUUUUCAGAUUUUAAUAACAGGUUCACCAGCUAAUAGAAAAUACAAACAAAUGGUAGUUUUCAUUGUCUGUGUAAUUUUCCCUAUGUGCGUUGUGUUUUGUUUUUAUAAAAAAGUGUGUGUACUCAUACGUUUUACAUUCUGCCACGUUGCUGUUGAUUUUCAUUUUACUUGUGGAAGAUGCAUGGUUCCAUCCUUUCCCUCCUGACCAGCAUUUAAUCCCUAACUCCUGAGGUCUGGUUUUAGGUUUCUGGGUUAACACUUACCAGUUGUGGUACAUUUUCUCAUUAGGGAUGUAAUGUGCUAUAAGGCACUGCAAGACUAGAGGGGACUCGAUUAUAAUUGAAAAUUACUUGACAUAACAUGGUUUGAAUUAGUUUUUAUUAUUUUCAGGAACUUUGUUUUACUCAGUUUUAAAAGAUUUGCCAGGUUUGUGUAUAAAGAUUCUCUUAAUAUCAAGAAUGAGUAUGAUUGCUUUUGCCGUAGUUGCUUUUACUAUUAAUAAUUAUACCUAACCUAAACAAACUCAAAGUAGUGCUAGAAAUAGUCUGUAGUUUCCCAUCAGGUUAUAAUAAUAAAAAUUAACACUUCUUUCUCUCUCUCUCUUUUUUUUUUGUGGUGCUGGGGAUAGAACCCAAGGAAUCAGUGUUAGGCAAGUGCUCUACCACUGAACUGUAUCCACAGUCUCAGAGUUACUUCUUGAUGAAAUUUGUCUCUGUAAAUUAGCAGAGAAUGGUUGGAAAAAAGUUGUGAUGUAGUCAUUGCGUUGCCAUCACUGCAGCCCUUUUCAUGGGCUUUCAUCGGCACCUGUGGUCUCUCUCAGUGUGAUGUCCGGAAACCGUGUAAUGAACAGUACUCUUAUUUCAUGUGGCUUUAAUGCCUUGGUAUUCUCUAACACUGAUAAAUAGAGGACUUUCUUACGGUUUCUUUCUCUUUUUUUAUCCUUCUAAAAAAUUUUUAGCCCUAAAGUAUUUAUUUUCUAUCUUUGAGGUAAAAUUGAGCAAAGAAUGUACAGUCUAGCCUGGUAGAAAUGCAUACUUCAAGUUUGCAUGGUACAGUCUCUAAGGACCCUUGAGCUCCUCAUUUGCGAACUGAGUCUAGCGCGCCCGGACGUCCCGGUUUCCAGCACCUACUCACACAUCCACGUUAGGCAGGCUUUUGUUCGGUGGAAGUUUGUUUAAAGUUCUCAUACUUGGAACCCUUGACAUUUAAAAGAGGACUGGGGAAUUGUGAAACGAGUAUCAGAGACCUCAUCGUUCCACUUCAAAAUCCUUUUUCUCAGGAAAGAAGACAGGCAUACACUGUUACCAGGGUCCUAUAGUGUAAGCAUUUGUUUUAAUUGACAAAGGGAAAUGGGACUGACAAGAGGUGGAAUUUAUUAGAGUUUAAAAAUACUAUGAGGAAAUUUUAUGAUUUAAUGGAAACAGUGCUUGCUAAUGGCAACAUGAUUGCUUUAAUUUCACUGUUAAGAAAGUAUGCUUUUUAUCUCAGAUCAGCUGUGACCUCUGAGGAGGCAGCGUCAUUAGUUUUUCAUAACUGAGGGUGUGAAGGAUGUGUGUUUUAUGCAAAAAUCAAGAUACUGGCUGAGAGUUAAGUACAUUAUUUUUAUAAUUUGGGGUUAUAGUGUAGUUACUAAUUAUUUGUAAGUAAUUUUAUAAAAAGUUCAUUUUUAAAAUUUUAUUUCUAAGAGCCAUUAUACAUUAUAAGGAACAGUAUUUAUAUUUAUUUAUAUGAGACAUUAUGGUGCCAGAACAUCAGUGAAACACCUUCAUAAGCAGGGCAUGCGCUAUCUCCUAGAAUUCCACAGUUGUUAUUAAAACGUAGAAGAACAUGCACAGUUUGCUUUUAGUGAUUCCCACCUCCCCAAAUUCCUGGCCUGCCUUAGAGGGUAUUUUUCACUUAAAACUGAAUUUUUACACAUUGUAGUGGAAUCGGUGACAGCGAUAACCUCAGCCUCCAUCAGCCGUGCUCUGUUCCUCCUCCUCUUCCCUGCCUUGCUCCUGUCUCUUGCCUGUUGGGCUGCUUUGUAGCCAGUUUACCCCCCCCCCUGCUGUUCACCCCUAAAUUCUUGGAUGUAAUUGUUUUCUCUCAAGAGUGGCUGUUGGAAUCUUUGGUAGAGCUGAGGCUGUGGCCAGUUCCUAGUGAGCAAGGUCAGUCGUGAUGGAAGCUGAAUUAACCACCGCUUUUCAAAGACUGUAGAAAGUAAAGGAAAAUCACCUUUAAAGCCACAGACUCCUAAGUUGUCACGUCGAAUCCAAUACUAAAAUCUUUACACAGAGAACUUCUUCCUGCCCGCCUGCCAAGAAUGGAGCAUAGAGAAUCGGAAGGAGUUGGACAGAGGAGCCUGUCCUGCUGGUUUUCCUCCCUGGAUCCCCCAGGUCAGCUGAGUUUACAAGGGCGAGCGAGAUGGGAAUACUUGUCUUCGAAGUGUGUCCGGCCCUGCCGCCACCGCCACCCCUGUAGUGCUGCUUGAUUUUCAGCCAGUAAUACGCAGAUGGCUUUUUCGUGAGGUAUCAUGAAGUAACAAGAGCAUUUUGGUUUAUGUUUUCUGAGCAGCAGUUGUGCCCACGGUCUGGUGGGUGCUCCCUUUGAGUGUGUUUUGCACGUAGUGUCCGAGGAGAUGGUGCGGGACCGCGGCCGAGAAGAGGGUCGGAAGGGCCACUGAGGGAGUCGGGAGGCGCCGAGGGAGGGUGCGGAGCAAGCAUCGGUCCCGCCCGAGGGGCAGCCGCUCUGCCCGCCGCGCAGGUGCUAAAUUCAAGCUUGGAUCUUGCUUGUGCCGUGAGAGGUGACAGUUGCCUCCCAGGACCCGAGUGUAAGUGGAGAAGACGGUGGCACCGCAGAGAAGCGCUCAGCCUGCUCCCGGAGCACCGCGUUGCUGGCCCCGGCCCCGCGGAGACGGCCUGGUGGGCUCCCGCAGAGCUGUUGCGGGGUGUUAGCUGCAGCUCACUGGGGAGGCUGUGUGAUGGUUGCUUCUAGAUAGAAACGGUGACUUUAAUUUUAGAUCUUGGCGGGAUCUAAGUUGUGUUUAAUUAAAUGCCUACAAGAACUUGGUCUUAUAACUAUUGCGUAAAAUAAACCUAAUCAGUGGCUCCAUUUUUAUCCUAAAAAAAAAGCUGUGCCUUAAAAAUAGGGCAUUGCAUGUUACUACGGGAAAACAAAAGCUUUUUUUAAUAGAGGGGGAAACUAGGAACUUUGGCCAUUAAAAUUUAAGUUCUGGGUUUUUAAUAUUAAAGUUGAAGAAACUUCAUUAAAUUUAAAGUUGAUAUGAAAUUAUUUUUGCAUAAUCUAACAUUUAAAGCUAAAAUACAUUUUUAUAAGAACUGGCAUCUUGAUGUAUAUAGGUCUGAAAUGAUACUUCAUCUUUUGAGUUUUAAUUUAAAUUAAUAUAAGACCAGGAUAACAUUUUUAUGAAUUUUAUUUUUAAAUAAAUAUUUCAGUGUGCUGAUAUAUCUGUUCUCAUCCCCUAGAGUCAUUUUGAUUAAAAAAAAUAGUUCUUUAUUCAGAUAGCAUGUCAGCUGUUUAUUAAUGUUAACACAGUGUGUUACAUGAUGUAGCAGUUUCUGGAGAGGAGAGAUGAUAAUUCCACCAGCUGUCACUGAGGGGAAGAGUCACAUUCUGUACGUGGAAGGAUGUGUGGCUGUAUGAGAUGCCGGUGAUGUAACUUGUUCAUUUCAUUUCAUCAGAGCCUGGCUGGUAUAUACAUUCCAAUUUACCAUUCGUAGAGCUCGUUUUUAAAAAAAAAUUUUAAGUUGAUUAUUGGUGAAUUAAUUUUGUGGAAAAUGUGAUUUAGUUGUUUUCCUUUGAGAUAAUACAAGCCAAACGUUAAGAAGGAUGAUGAAUAAUAUUAAAAGAUACUGUUACAGACUGUGUUUGUGAGAGUUCCCUAAAGUGUUAUUACAUAGUAAUGUAAUUUGUGUAAACUAUAGGAGCAUAAACUGAUAUUUGAUAGUAUGUUCCAUCACGUUUCUUUUUGAGGUGUAAUACACACACUUUUUGUUCAGGAAUGAGUAUUUUCUUUCUGUAUUUUCUUAAAUAGGAAAGGAAGCACACUAAGUUAUUGUGAAGUCAGUUUACUCACAAAAGGAUGUCAUGUAUCUUCCAAUGAGCUCAUCCCGUCUUCUUGAGCAGCGGUGUAGUGUUAAGGAGGAAACAUUUAUGGACUUUUAAUUUUUACAUAUCCCCUCCUAGCGGUAGCUGAUACUUCUUCAGUCUCUCAGAGGAAUCCAUAUUCUCCAUGGUGAACCGUGACAUUGCCAGGGCUUGUGCUGCUCUUCGGCAGUGUUAACUUGAACAGCUCUAGCACAUGUGCAUCCACGGGUUGGAUUUGUGCUGAAAUGGUGUGUUUUCUGUCUGUCUCUUCCAGCUUUGUGUUUUGUCAUCCUCACUUCCUGUUAAUCCAUGUCUUAAAUUGGACCAACAAUAAUGAGAAAUUUUAAAAACCGUACCUGUGAGCACUCCGUCCCCUUUCACACUUUUUAAAACCCCCGAGGAGCUAUGCUGUGUCUUCGUGGAGGUGCUUUGCCAGCACUUCCUGUGCUGUGACCUGCUUAAUCCGCCCGUGCAAUUUCGUGAGGUCUGACUCCACCCUUUCCUGGAAAUAAGCUGUUCCCCUCCAUGGCUUGCCCGCCUUUAUUUUUCUUUUGUAUCUCACCUAACAGCGCCACUUUUAUAUGUGUUGUUGCUAGACUGUAAACUUACGUAGUGAGGCUGCACCUAGGUGAUUUUUAUGCUUUCACGUCAACCCCAGCACCUGGCCCAGUGUCUUGCACAAAGUAGGUGCUUAGUGUAGAACUAAAUCGACCUAAAGGUUGCUACUUAGUGUUGCCGUGUUUCAUACUUCAUUUGUUAUUAGCUGGUUGUUUGUUUCUUUUGCAAACGUUUAUGAUUAUCACCCUCCUCACACAAGUAUUUUUAAAAAGUUUUGCUUUUCCUUCAGAUGCUAUGCUAUAACCAAUAAACUAGAACGUGUGAUUGCUUCUAAGGACAUAAUUACUCCGAACUGCCCCUGGAUAUACUUUGCCAAAUGAAAUUUGAAUUCUCUAAAUAAAUUGCUUAUGUCUGAAAAA